UUGCAGAAGGAAUAUUCUUGAAUGAACACAUGAUGGGUGAAUGAAUGAAUAUUGAAUGAUUUUGUCAAAUGUAUGGAUGGAGGGGUCAGUAGGUGCAGUUUCAAAACUGAAUGGGGCAUACAGUAAAUUCCCAGAGAGAAGGCUGGGCCUGGCUGAGUUUCCUCCCUCCAUUCCCUCCAGGAGCCCUGGCUGUGGCCGGGGAGCAGUGGGCCAUGCCGGGGCCCGUGGAAGGCCCCAGCUGGAAGCAGGCAGAGGACAUUAGGGACAUUUAUGACUUCCGAGAUGUUCUGGGCACGGGGGCCUUCUCAGAGGUCAUCCUGGCUGAAGAUAAGAGGACUCAGAAGCUGGUGGCCAUCAAAUGCAUCGCCAAGAAGGCCCUAGAGGGUAAAGAAGGCAGCAUGGAGAACGAGAUUGCUGUCCUGCACAAGAUCAAGCACCCCAACAUUGUAGCCCUGGAUGACAUCUAUGAGAGUGGCUGCCACCUCUACCUUAUCAUGCAGCUGGUGUCAGGUGGGGAGCUGUUCGACCGCAUUGUGGAAAAAGGCUUCUACACAGAGCGGGACGCCAGUCGCCUCAUCUUCCAGGUACUAGACGCUGUCAAGUACCUGCACGACCUGGGCAUUGUACACAGGGAUCUCAAGCCAGAGAAUCUGCUCUACUACAGCCUGGACGAAGACUCCAAGAUCAUGAUCUCUGACUUUGGCCUUUCCAAGAUGGAAGAUCCAGGCAGCGUGCUCUCCACAGCCUGUGGGACCCCAGGCUACGUGGCUCCUGAAGUCCUGGCCCAGAAACCCUACAGCAAGGCUGUGGACUGCUGGUCCAUUGGGGUCAUCGCCUAUAUCCUGCUCUGCGGUUAUCCCCCCUUCUAUGACGAGAAUGAUGCCAAACUCUUUGAACAGAUUUUGAAGGCCGAGUACGAGUUUGACUCUCCUUACUGGGACGACAUCUCUGACUCUGCCAAAGAUUUCAUCCGGCACUUGAUGGAGAAGGAUCCAGAGAAGAGGUUCACCUGUGAGCAGGCCUUGCAGCACCCAUGGAUUGCAGGAGAUACAGCUCUUGACAAGAAUAUACACCAGUCUGUGAGUGAACAGAUUAAGAAGAACUUUGCCAAGAGCAAAUGGAAGCAAGCCUUCAAUGCCACAGCCGUGGUGCGGCACAUGCGGAAGCUGCAGCUGGGCACCAGCCAAGACGGGCAGGGGCCCGCGAGCCCUGGGGAGCUGCUGAUGCCCAUGGCUGAGGGCAGUCAGUGAAGAGCCUGGGCCGGAGAGGUGGGCAGCCGGCAGCCAGCCGGCAGCCCGCUGUGCUCCCUCCCCAACGCAGGGCCUGCUGUAGAGACUGCUGUGUGGAGCCAGGCCCAGACCUGUCAUCCACACUAACACCCAACUCUAAGCCCAGUCUAGUGUCAGGGUUUCCUUCCUGGGGAGGUUUGGGGGCAGCUCACUCCCUCCCCUUCCCUCCCUGAACUGCCCCAUGCCCUCCUCUCCUCCCUUUCCCUCCUCACUGCAUUUUUUUUUC